AUGGAAAUUCCUCAAAUAGAUAUCUCGCCUCUGAUUAGCGGUUAUGGAGUAACUGAGGACAUACACGAAGUCAUAGCUCAAAUCAAGGGGGCUUGUGAGGAUAUUUCUUGUUUCUAUAUCACUGGUCACGGAGUGGACACAUCCUUGAUGGCUGAUGUAAUAAAAUGCAGUAAAGAGUUUUUUAACCUGCCAAUGGACGAGAAAUUAAACAUCAACUUGAAGAAAAGUCCUGCAUAUCGUGGAUACAUUCAACUAGGUUCUGAGAAGACAGCAAGCAAAAUCGAUAUGAAGGAAGGAAUUUAUUUUGGCCCAGACCCUGGCUCUCAUGACGCUGAUACAACAGCCUUGGAACCUAUGAUGGGACCUAAUCAGUUCCCGGACAACAAACAAUUACCAGGAUUUGCCACAACUAUCAAUGAUUACAUGGACAAGAUGUCCUCGGUAGGACAUGCUUUGAUGAAAGGUCUCGCUCUUUGUCUUGAACUAAAUGAUGAUUACUUCCAUGACAAAUUCAACCCAGCUUUUCCAAUGAUGGCUCUAUGGCAUUACCCACCCGUCCCUGGAGACUCAGACUCAUGGGGGGUUGGACCUCACACAGAUUAUGGAGUGCUCACUUUAUUGAUGCAGGAUAGCGUAGGAGGUCUGCAAGUCAAGACAAAAUGUGGAGACUGGAUUGAUGUUCCUCCCAUUACAGGAACAUUUGUGGUCAACAUUGGUGACGUUAUAGAGGCCUGGACCAGGGGAAAAUUCCGUGCUACAGUGCACCGAGUCAGAAAUUCGACAAAAAACCAUCGAAUAUCAGCACCUUUCUUUUUCCAACCGGGUCUUGACUGCAUCAUCGAGUCUCUUGAUGACGUUUUGGCCUCAGACCGUUGCCCUGAAAACCCCGGUGGAACUGCCCAAACUGCGCUGUCGCUUCAUGAGCCCUUUAAGUUUGGGGAUUAUGUGUUUAAUAAGUUUCAGAAAUCAUAUGGGAAGGAAGUUUAA